AUGUUGAGCCUAUACCCAGAGUUCCCCAAGGAUGUGAUGUCAUCGAUGACCUCACACAGGGAGUUCCUGAUCGUAGUGGAUCACUCUGGCAGCAUAGAAUACCCCAUUCACAAUGGAUCUGGGUCACAGGACCGUAUUGGCAGUGCCAGGCUCUUCUUGUUCACUGACGGUGAGGUGGGGAACACCAAGGAAGUCCUGGAUCUGGUGAAGACGAAUGCCGGUUCUCACAGGUGUUUCUCCUUUGGGGUCGGGGAGGGGGCCAGCACUGCUCUCAUUUCUGGGGUGGCCAAGCAGGCCAGAGGGCACGCACAGUUUAUCACAGGACAGGACAGGAUGCAGCCCAAAGUGAUGCAGUCUCUCCGGUUUGCCCUGCAGCCAGCUGUGGUGGACAUCUCAGUCAAGUGGAAUGUCCCAAAGGAGGUGUCUGUCACCCUUCUGUCUCCACCAAUCAGAGUGGUCUUCCAGGGUCAAAGGGCACUUCUGUAUGCCCAGCUCACUAGGGAGUUCCCCAUCCCCAAGAACCCCCCGACUGCACCAACAACCAAGAGAAUGAACUAA